AUGGAUUCUGGAAGUGAUAGUAGUUCUUCGUAUUCCGGAGAUGAUAUGAUUAGUGGCGAAUUUUAUGACCCAGACCUCAUUGAUGAGGAGGAGGACAUUGAUCCAGAGUACAUCCAGUACACCUGUUUCAAUAUUUCUCAGAUAAGAAUGAUGUUGGACGAAAUUAUAAAUCGUACUGUUACUUCUCUGUGUAUUUCACAAUCACUAGCCAAAUUACUACUUGAGAUGAAUCAGUGGGAUGAAAUUAAAAUUACUGAACUUUAUAAAAGUGACCGACAAAGAUUAUUAAUAGAUAGCCAUGCUGGAGUGAAAAAAACGGCCAAGCUCGUUUCUUCAUACUGUGCUGUAUGCGCCCAAGACUGUAGAGAUUGCGGACAGUUGUUAGGACUGAACUGUGGUCAUGAAUAUUGUAUGUUGUGUUGGCAGAUGUACUUUGAAACUCAGUUAGGAGAAAAUUUGUCUAUGAGAGUUGAAUGCAUGGGGAACGGGUGCUCCUUAUAUUGCUUAGAAGACUUUGCCUUGCGGGUUUUAGCGGGUCGACCUGACUCGACCGAGAAAUAUAAGAAACUAGCAUUUAUAGCGGAAAUAGAAACACAUCCAAAAUUGCGUAUGUGUCCAGGGAAAGAUUGUCCAAUUGUUGUGAUGGCUGACAGAGAAAAAGCCAAGAAAGUUACUUGUGAAACUUGUGGUACUGUGUUUUGUGUUAGAUGUGGCGGUAACUAUCAUGCCCCGACAUCAUGUGAAACGAUACGCAAAUGGUUGAUUAAAUGCGUUGAUGACAGCGAAACAGCUAACUACAUCAGUGCCCAUACAAAAGACUGCCCCAACUGUCAUUCAUGCAUUGAAAAAAACGGUGGUUGCAAUCAUAUGCAAUGUGCAAAGUGUAAACAUCACUUCUGCUGGAUGUGUUUUGGAGACUGGAAAACGCAUGGGAGUGAAUAUUACGAAUGCAGCAGAUAUAAAGAAAAUCCUGCUGUUGCUCAAGAAGCGAACCAUAUAAAAGCCCGUAGAGCGCUAGAAAAGUAUUUGCAUUAUUUCGUCACUGUUGAAUUUUUAUUCAUAGAGCGCUAUGAGAAUCAUCACAAGUCUCUAAUGCUUGAAGAAGAGUUGCGUCAAAGCAUAAUGAAAAAAGUUGAGGAGAAGGUAAAUGGACAUGAAGGGACUUGGAUAGACUGGCAACACCUUCACCGGGCUGCAACACUGCUUACAAAGUGUCGUUACACACUGCAGUACACUUAUCCUUACGCGUAUUAUAUGGAAAGUGGAUCCAAAAAAGAGCUGGUUUGGUUUUCCAUUGAAGCAUUUGUUAGAGUUGAGUUUGAGACAUCUGAAAUCAAGUUCGAAUAUCAGCAAGCACAGCUCGAGAAAGAAAUUGAGGAAUUAUCUUGGAAGGUAGAAAGAGCAGAAAGUACUGAAAGAGGAGACCUUGAGAGUCAAAUGCAUGUCGCUGAACUGAAAAGACGGACUUUGUUGGAGGAGUUUUUUAAAUAG